AGGCCGGGGGCUGCUCCGGGGCGGGCCGAUGCGCGGGGCUCCCGACUCCAGGCUCCUCCUCUGCCGCCGCCGCCGCCGCCGCCGCGCCGGGGAUGCUGCGGCCGGGAGCGCACCGGGAGCCCCGCGGAGCGCAGCGCAGCGCCCGGCACCCAGCGGGCACCCGAGGACCUCAGCUCCGGGGCGCAGCGAGAUCUUUGCUAUGAUUGCAGCAGCGGCCGGCUCUGCCCGCCGCCCGGACGCCCCCCCAGCACGCCGCCCCGCCGGGCCCCGCUCCCCCCGCCGCGUGCCCCCCGCCCGGGAGCAGCAUGGGCAGCGUCAGUAGCCUCAUCUCCGGCCACAGCUUCCACAGCAAGCACUGCCGAGCCUCCCAGUACAAGCUCCGCAAGUCGUCCCACCUGAAGAAGCUCAACAGGUACUCGGACGGGCUGCUCCGCUUCGGCUUCUCGCAGGACUCCAGCCACAAAUCCGGCUCCAAAAGCAGCAAGAAUGAGGACUUCUUUUACAUCAAGGUCAGCCAGAAGGCGCACGGCUCCCACCGCCCGGACUACACCUCGCUCGCCAGCGGGGAGCUGGGCGGCCAAGCCGGCACCAGCGGAGUGGACUUCGGGACGCCCACGCCGCAGAAGUUGAUGCCCUUCCCCGGUCAGCUGGACGUGGGUGCGGAGAAGCCCGCUGCACGACCCACCGCCUUCAAGCCAGUGCUGCCCCGCUCCGGUGCCAUCCUCCACUCCUCCCCAGAGAACGGGGGGCACCUUCCCCAGCAGCUGCACCCCCCGGACAAAGGCAAGGAGCAGGAGCUGAAGCCGGUGCCGUGCUCGGGGGGGCUGUCCGACUCGGGCAGGAACUCCAUGUCCAGCCUGCCGACGCACAGCACCAGCAGCAGCUACCAGCUCGACCCCCUCGUCGCCCCCCUGGGGCCCAUCAGCCGCUUCGGGGGCUCGGCGCACAACAUCAUGCAGUGCGCCGUCAUCCAGGACAGCAACAUGAUGAGCCUCAAGGCCAUGUCCUUCUCCGAUGGGGGCAACAAGAUCAUCAACCCCGGCAAAGCCCCCCACCACCACGCCGCCGAGAAGACCACCUGCAUCCGAUCGCCCAUCUCCACGGACGAGUCCACCAUCCAGGAGCUGGAGCAGAAGCUGCUGGAGAGGGAGGGAGAGCUGCAGGAGCUGCAGCUGAGCUUCGAGGAGAAGGAAAUCAGCUCCUGCCAGGCCUACGAGGAGAAGCAGCGGCGCUGCAAGGAGGAGCUGGAGGGCCUCAAGCAGAAGUGCAACAGCAAGCUCAAGCAAACCUCGCAGAAAACCCAGCGGACGCAGCAGGUCCUCCACCUCCAGGUGUUCCAGCUGCAGCAGGAGAAGAAGCAGCUCCGGGAGGAGCUGGAGAACCUCAUGAAAGAGCAAAACCUGCUGGAGACCAAGCUGAGGUCCUACGAGAAGGAGAAGACCAGCUUCGCCCCAGCGCUGGAGGAGACUCAGUGGGAGGUGUGCCAGAAGUCGGGGGAGAUCUCCCUGCUGAAGCAGCAGCUGAAGGAGUCCCAGACCGAGCUCAACACCAAGACCUCCGAGAUCCUCAGCCUGAAGGCUCAGCUGAAGGAGGUGAGGGCCAAGAUGGACGGGCUGGAGAUGAAGACCCAGGACCUGGAGGGCUCCCUGCGCACCAAAGCCAUGGAGCUGGAGGUGUGCGAGAACGAGCUCCAGCGCAAGAAGAACGAGUCCGAGCUGCUGAGGGAGAAGGUGAACCUGCUGGAGCAGGAGAUCGUGGACCUGCGGACGGAGCUGGCCGUCCUCAAGGAGCAGCUGAGCGAGGCCCGGGAUGGGGCUAGGCCCUGCCAGGCCAUGGCGGACGAUGCUCAGGCCCUGCAGGGAGAGGUGGAGAGGCUGAGGGCCGAGCUGAAGGCCGAGCGGGACAACAACGAGCAGAUGACCUCCGGCUUCCAGCAUGAGCGGCAGACGUGGAAGGAGGAGAAGGAGAAGGUGAUUCACUACCAGAAGCAGCUGCAGCAGAGCUACCUGCACAUGUACAAGAGGAACCAGAACCUGGAGAAGAUGCUCCAGCAGCUCGCCGCGGGGGAAGAGGGCAAGGAGCCCAUCGAGCUGGACAUACCCGGCACCGACGUCCCCUACGAGGACAUCAUCGCCACCGAGAUCUGACCCGGGUCUGCCUUCUCCUCCUUGUACAGUUGAGAUGAGCCAUGUAUUUAUUAGCGGAGCUGGCAGCCUGGCCAGCUCCUCUCCCUCCCCGCGUCGCCCCGCGGCGUGCCCGCCGCUGCCUGUCGUGUUGCAGAGGUGAAGAAGCCACUCGUGCCAAUGGUGACGUGCCAGCAGCCCCCCUCGCCUCCCCCCUGCCCCCCGGUAGGACCGAGAAGCUGGUGAUGGGGGCGGGCAGGGCAGCAAAUGCUCGGGUAACAAAAUGAUGCAGGACCCCCGUGGUGGCACGGCUCUGGGGACGGGGACAUCACCAGCUUCAAGAGGAAAGAGCCCCCAGCACAUCGCCGCCGCAGCCUGGGGAAAGCACCGAGCUGCUCUUGAGUUAUUUAUCUUUCGUCAGCUGAUGUUGGGCACGCUGGGAGCCACGGAGCCAGCCCGUGUGCCCCAGCUGAGGCUGGAAGCCCUGACCCCCUCCUCCUGUCCUCCAGCUCCUGCAGUGCCUCGGGAAGGACCCUGCACACACGCACACACUGAUUUGCACCCGUGGACGGGAGCCACCCUCGGUGUGCCCCGUGCACAGGGGGAAGCACCAGCUCCCAGAGGGACUCACGGCCGUCAGCUCACCCGAGGCACCUGCCAAGAGGUGCCCGGUUUCCAGAGGUGCCUCUCGGGAAGCAAAACGCCUUCUAGCUUCAGGGAGCAGAACGUGGAAGUAGCCAGAAAUCAGCAGGGAUUUCUAUUUUUAAAGAAAACCCAGAGUUCAAUGCUUCCUGCCUUCUCUGUAUCUUUUUAGAGUUGCAGCAACCAAAAAUGCAGAUUUUUUUCCCCCCUAUUCUCCCGUCACAGCAGUCACUCCUGCCCCAGGCUGAGCCAGCACCCAGCACCAAGCCCCUUACACCCAACUCCCACUUCGGCAUCACCUCCCACCCACGACCACCGUGCACCCACACGUCCCCCUCACCCGAAGCCCCCCAGUCCCUGCUGUGGAGCGCAGGGACCCUCCGGCGUGCCCACAACACAGCUCAGUGCCCCUCGCCCUGCUCCAGCCAGCCGGCACACACAACACACAGAAACCAGUCUGUGCCUUCUGUACCGCCCCAGCACGUCCCUGCUGAGCCCAAGCCAUGGCUUGCUGGAGAAGAGCAAACCCCAGACUCCCAAUCUGGCCCUCGAGAUGCAGGCCAGGGAUGGCCACCACGCUGGGACAGCCACGGCAUCAGGACGGCCACCCUGUGCCCAGUUUUGGAGAGCCAAAAGAGCAGGGGACGAGGGAUGGCUCCCAGUGCCUAAUGCACCGGCUCCGCACCCAGCUCCUCUCCAGCUGGGAUUUUCUGCAUCACCCAAGCCAUAUCCUUGCCCCGAGUGGCUCUGUCCCCCCCCACACACCCCACAUCCGAACCAGAGCCCCUCUCCCACGAGUUUUUUCCAUGCCAAACGUGCGCAGGCGGGAGCAGAGAGCCCUGCCCGGCCGCCCAGCCCUGUUCCUGCCCGUCCCCGUCCCCAUCGCCCCAUCCCCGCGUCCUCAGCAGCCAGCGCUGUACGAUGUGAUCGCCCGGAGGCGUCGCCGUGCUGCCUUUGCACAACGCUGUGUGUGACCGUAUGCAUCGCAGAUGUGUCGCUCCCCGGUGUGAGUAGCGGCUGCCCUGCCCCACGGCCGCAGCCUGUACAUAUAAUUAUUUUUCUGCAGGUUUUUUUUUUGUUCGGUUGUUUUUUUUUUUUUUUUUUUGGAUGUUAUUUCUGGUGACUGAUGUAAACUACUGGUAAUUUUAUGGUUUUAUUUAUAAAUAAAUUU